AAUUAGUUGGUUAAUUGAAAGGACAAAUGUGAAAAUAAACGAGCAAUUAAAUUUAAUUUGGCAGAAACAAAGUGUCUCUCAUAUUGGAUUAGCCAAAUUAACUUUCACCAGUCCAAUUUGAUUGACAAUCAACUUAAUUGCCAAAUGUAAAUUUAGUCAUUUUAAAAUUAAACUCACCUUUAAAUUGUAAUUUAAUUUGCUAAUCAAGUGUUUCAUUUGAUUGUUUUUACUCAUUACUUUUUUGCUUUGAUUAGCCUCAUCAUUUGUUUUAAUCACAAUUAAUUUAAUUGAUGAUCAUGUUGGUACAAUUAUUGUUUCCAUUGUUAUUAAGACAAUCAAUGAAUGUCAACAUCAUAUUGAUGUUUAAUUGUUGUUAAAAUUAAUCAACUGUGUUCCUCUUUUUCAAUUGUCAUAAUCAAAAUCCUUUUUUUUGUUCAUUUCGUUAAUUAAAUAAUCCAGCAAAUUAAGUGACAAUCAACGAUAAUUAAUAAGCCAAACAAUUUAUGGAAAGGUUUAAGAUCAGUGAUUUGUUAUUAACCAUAGUGGACAUUGUGUUGUUGUUGAUAAUUGUUUUCUUGUGGUCAGUUGAUGGAUAUUCAAUUGGAUCCGAUGGUUCAUCGAGAAACAAUCAACUGGUCAAGAAACGUCUCGAUUAUGUUCAGAUAUAAUUCAGGUGACUCGAAAACUAUUGGAAAAUGACCUGAUGAGAGAUGUCAUUUAUCCUAAAUUAACGGAAGAUGGGAUGUUUGGUAAAUCGACGAAGAUCAUUGAGAGCCGAUCACCGCCUCGUCGAAAUGUGAUCCACUUUCCGAAUAAUAAUAAGCAAUAUUAUGACAGAGUAAAUAGUCAACAAUUUAACCGUUCAGAGAAUUCACGAUUUAAACGUCAACAUGGUUUACAUGGAGAGUUAUUAGUAAACAAUCAACAAUAUAAUCAACAGAAAUUGUUUAAUCAUCAUGAAUAUCCGAAAAUUGUUCAACCCUUGCCUAGUCAAACAAUUAACUUGGUUCCUUUUAAUGUUCCUUAUGAUGAGACCGGACAAUUAGAUAGACAACCUCAAGCUUAUAUUGUUGAUUUAACUUCACUUAAUGAUCAUCAAUCAACAUCAUCAAUUGAUCAUGAUGAUGGACAAUCUCAUCAUCAGAUUGAUUUGACGCGACAAAUUAGACCACGAUAUUAUGGUGAUGGUCAAGAGGAGAUUAAUCUGGAAAGAAGGCAAGAUGAAGAGGGUCAAGAAAAUGGUGCAGGUGAAGGUGAACCUGUGGCCGAUUCAAAGGAGCCCAAUGUGGUCAAGAAAACUUUUGGAUACAAGGUGACCCUUUACAAGAGUCCAAACAUUAAAGAGCCUCAAAUUUUAACAGAGGAAUUUUUUGGUGAUGGGAAGAAGAAAAAAGUUAUCAAAAUAUUGAAAAAAGAUGAGAAUCAACCUGAAGGACAGAAAAGUCGAUCAGAACAAUUAAGUCAACAAUCAAGUUCAUCUUCAGGUCGAUAUGUUCCACAAUUCAUUGCCGCUCCGGUUGGAACUAUGGACCAAGUAGAUGAAGAUGAACUUGAAGCUAAUCGUAAAUUGUUAUCCGCAGUUCGUAAACAAUUAGCUAGUGAAAAAGGUAUUGAAGCGACUCGAACCAUCUCGAAAUCAGGUGAUGAAAAGCAACACGAUAAAAAAGGGGCCAGAGAAAAAGCUCUUCGAGAGAAAACACAAAUCGAAUUUUUUGAGAGAGAGAAAAUUUUUGACGAUCAAUUUGGUAAAAAGUUGGAAGAACAACCGAAACAGCACCAGUUUCCCGCUAUGCAAGAUCGACCAGAGAUCAUCCGUUUAACAACAGCGGCACCAGAACCACCACCACCACCACCACCGCCUCAGCGAAAUCGUGAUCGUGAUCAGAUAACUGUGGUCACUCCAGAUGAUAUAAGUAAUGCGGGAAACACUGAAGGGAUGGACUUUCAAUCACUUCAUGAUCUUUUAUUGAAACGUUUAAAAGGCUGGAGGGAAAAAGGUUAUAAGAUCACAACUGAACUUGAGAUUGUCCAAAGAGGUGCAGUCCAUGAUAAGGAAAGGUCAGUGAGAGAACGAGGUAAAGGUCAACAAACAUUUCAAAGGUACGAAAGUGGAGGUGCAAUUCGAGGUAAUAGUAAAUCUCCAGAUUCUUAUGGAGGAGGAAAUAUCAAUGAACAAGGAUUCGGUCAAAUUGAACCGUUAACGGUGACCCAUGUUUCUCCCGAUAACGAUAAGCCUCAUCAUCUCACUCACCAUAAUCAUCACUCUCUUCCUCAUCAUCAUCAUCACCAUCAAAACAAUAUGAAAGUUAAUGGAGGUGCUAAAAACACUGAUGAAGAAGAGGAAAACAAUCAACAGGGAAACUUAUUCAGUAGUUUACCCAAAUUUUUAAUCGACCCACCAGAUUAUGAGGCAGCUCUAGAUGGACACAACGGUCAGAAAGUGGACCCAAUCAUUGAAAUGGUUCCUCAAGACCCAAGGCAGCAAUUACAACUGCAUCAACCAGCACCACCUCAUCAUAUUGUCCAUGCACCACCCCACCAUCAUCACACGGUGCUACUUCACCACCAUCACCAACCACAUCCACCUCCACCACCAGAAGCGUUGAAACUUGUCCAACCCAACCAGAAAGCGCCACCGAAAACAAGUCAAUUAGUUUCGAUCAAUAAUAUCACAAAUAUUUCCAAUAAACCGAUUCAAAAAGGUCGAAAAUAUUCAUUCAAGGGAAUGACUCGAAAAAUACCUUCGACUACAGAUGAGAGCGGGAAAAAAGAUUCUUCUAUUGAUAAGUCGAUGGAUAAAAACACUGAGAAAACUAAAGUAACUUCACCAUCGACACCGAUUACAUUGCUUUCUGAUAAGUCAGAGAAUCAGUUGAAUAAAAAUAACGGAAAUCAAAGUAAAAGUAAACAAAAAGAUGAACAAUCGAAUCGUAGAUUGGCCGCUCAGAAAAGACUCAAAGCAAAGGCCAAACAAAAAGCUAAACUUCAGCAACAAUUACAACAGAAACAAUAUCAAAAUCAAGUGAAACAACAACAAAAACUUCAACAACAGCAACAACAGCAAAUCAAACAGCAACAAUUACAACAAUAUAAAUCCUCAAAUCAACCAAUUAAUCAAUCAAAUAAACCAAAUCAAAAUAUUUUCCAAUCUCCAAUGUCCAUUCAAGAUCAGAUAUUAUAUCCAGCUUCACCUUUGACAGGUAACUCUAUUCAUAGAGGAAUCGAGGGUGUCCCACCUUCUCGUGCUAAUGGCGGUGGUGUUGAUCUAACAAAUCCACUGAGUUUCCUGGGUGGUGUUCAUGAGGGUCUCUUCAUGCCCAAUGAGAAUGGAUUUGAUGAUAUUUCAUUUGGAAAUCCAACCUUAAUCACACUUCCAGGGUUACUUGAUUCACCGAAUGGUGAACACGAGAAUCCAUUGAACGAACAUUUCAGAUCUUUAAUGAAUCAAGGUGGUGUUGAUGGUGGAGGUGGAGGAAUGACAGGUAAUAGUAAUAAUGAUGUGAAUGGUGGGAAACAAAAUUUUCACAAUUUCGAUUUGAAUGAACCUGAAAAGAAAAUCCCUCAUCCGAAUACAAUUUCAUAUGAAGAUUCACUCAAUUCUCUUCGUCCUCCUCCUCACACCGAGAUUCUUAUCGGUAAACCAGCACCAGGAGUUAAACAAUUACCACCAAAAACCAAUUCAAUGACCUCAACUGGACAGUACAGAAAUCAAAAUGUUAACAAUAAUCACAAGAUUCGGGAUUAUCCAACCUCGAUACAAGAUAUUACAAGGGGUAAGAAAAUGUCCAACAGUUAUGGUGUCGAGCCAGGAUUCGGUCGAGAGUCACCAGAUAAUCUUAAUGUACCAGAUAAAGAAACUGAUCCGCUAUUAAAUCAUUUUAAAAACGAUCUAUUCAACAAACUACCAAAUGAGUGGACUGAUCAACAAGGAUUAACAAUUGGAAAUAACAAUAAUAAUCAUAAAGAUAAUCAUCAAAUAAAUUGGUUGCAACAUGAGAAUCGAGAUGUUAACUCGAUUAAAAAUAAUCCACAACCAGUUCUAUGGGAUAAAAGAAGUAAAAUCAAUCAACCUAAACAAUUGAAUGUUUUAACUGAUCAACAUCAUCAUGGAAUCAAUCAUCAAACUAAUCAAUUGAUUAACAUGAACAAUUAUCUUGGGAAUAGAGGAUUAACCCGAUAUUCAACUGAGAAACCGAAUGUUAAACAAAAGUUAAGUUUCACUUUCAAUGAACCUUUGGAAUUGAUUCCUGGUGAGAAGGUUAAACCGGGUGAUUAUCGACAAUCAAUUUGGGCUGAACCCGAAUUUGAACAAAUAAAGAUCUCAAAUAAUCGAAAGCGAAAUAGAAAGCAGAAAAAUAACUCGAAAGGUCAAACCAAUGGACAACAACAACAGAACCAAAUGAUGGACGAUAUUUUCUCGAUCGGUUUUGACUCUCAGCGGGUUCGAUCACCAAAAAAUCAUGACCUUAUUUCCCAUUCCUCUCAAGUUUACCCUUUGAUUGGUGGUUAUUCACCUUUCAUUAUACCAACAACAACGGGUGAUUUUAAUUCACUUGAUUCUGAGACUGAGACUGAUUCUGAUGUUGAUGAUUAUCAUGAUGAAAUGACUGAUAAUAAUUCUGGUUACUUAAAUCAUGAUAACAAUCAACCUGAAGAUGAGAUUAUCAAUGAAAAGAGGAGGCAAUUUAUUGAUAACUCAACCGAUGAUAAGAUUAACAUUAAUGGUGUUAAUUACUCUUCUUCUCUUAAUUCAACUAUUGGUGAUUUAAAUGAAGAUCCAACCAACAAUCAACAGAAAAACCCAAUCAAUAACAAUCUUGAUAUUGUGAUUAAAGAGCAAAUUAAUGGGAUAAAAGUAAUCAACAGAUUAAUCCAAAUGAAAGCAUUUCCUUCAAAGGGAUAACUUCAAAUUCUGGGUCAUCAAUCUGGUCACAACCAUGUCCAACAUGUCCAGAAAUUUAAUUGUCGAUUCAAUCAUCUAAAUUGUUAUUGAGAAAUUAAAUUGUAAAAUAAUCAACAGACAAAAAUAAACCAACAACUUUUUAAAGACAAUUAGACAAAAAUAAAGUAAAGAUUAUAUAAUGAAAAAGGAGAAACAACAAUUAAUUGUGAGAUAAUUAAAAGAAAUACAGACAGUGAAAGCCUUAAGCAACGUAACAAUUAGUUGAUUUUUCAACAGUAAAUUGGAUUGAACAAAAUUAAAGGUCAACCAUUUCAUGGUUAUUAUAACUGUUAAUCAAUCAUAAUCGGAGUUGAAUUUCAUAUAUUGAUUUCCAAGCAAUUAACUUAAUCAAAGUGAUUCUAUUUAUUAUCGUGAUUAAUUGGUGAACCAAUUAAUAAAUAAGAUUUUAAAUUGUGAGGAAAAUGUUUUCUAUCUGCAAUUUAGAUACAUUAAAUGAUCAAUUUUAAUUGUUAAGUUAUAAUUAUUGUUUCUCCACCAAGAUGAUUAGUGUUGAUGGAUCAGUCAAACCGAGAGGACGAUUUGCUGAUAGAGCGAAAGCUAAACUUAAAGCAAUUAAAUCAGUUUUCUCGUCUCGAUCAAGUCGCUUAUCUAAAAUUGGAAGUGGCCUGGAAGAUAUUUCCAACACUUAUUGUGACACUUUGAUAACAGUUUCGUUAUUAAUCUUGGCAAUUGUCAAUGCAGUAUUUUUGUAUCCCAUUUAUUAUGGUGGCUUUUUAGCCGUCAUUUACCCUGAUUGGAUGGCACCCGUGUCCCAGAAUUACAACGAGACAGAGGACAUUGAGCUGCAAUCGGCCAACUCUUUACAAGUUAUGGUAUCGCGACUCAAUUUGAUUUCAAAAAAAUUGGCUACGUUUUGUUACCGAUCAUCAACCGAAAUAUCAAGUUUAUGUCAAAAAUAAUUGAUUGAUUUUCUGUGUAUCCUUUAAUUGUUACAGUAGCAGAAAUACAACUUAUCCUUAGAGGUUGAUUGGUGUGCCUUU